AUGGAAGCCCUUCAUGACAUUGUCAAGUCCGGAAAGGUCCGCUAUAUCGGCGCCUCGUCCAUGUGGGCACAUCAACUUCUCGAAUAUCAAUACACUGCGCGUAUUCACGGCUGGACCGAGUUCAUCUCCAUGCAAAAUCUUCACAACGCGAUCUAUCGAGAGGAGGAAAGAGAGAUGUACCCAGCCUGUCAGAAGUUUGGAAUGGGUGGGAUCCCUUGGAGCCCGGUUUCAAUGGGCUUCCUGGCCAGGCCUUGGAGCUCAUUCUCUGAAACCAAGCGCGGUGGAGGUCAAAAUCAAGGAUUCCUGGGUAAACCAUACUCGGAUACAGACAAGGCCAUCAAUCGCAAGAUUGAAGAGAUUGCCAACCAGCAUGGUGUGUCAAUGUCCACCGUUGCCAUUGCUUGGUCACUGUCCAAGCCUUUCAUCACUGCGCCAAUCAUAGGCAUGAGCAAGAAAGAGCGCGUGGAUGAAGCAGUCAAAGCGAUCUUCUUUGACCUCAGUCCAGAGGAGGUCCAGAGCAUUGAUGAUUUGUACACGCCGAAAGAGGUUGUCGGCCAUCGGUAA